GCCUGGUUUCUGCAGAAUGUGAUCUUGAAAAGAUCUUUCUCCUUUAGGUCUCAUGGUACCAAGUGACGUGUCCUCCUUAUGAGAAUCAGUCCCCGGAAGCGCCCGAGAAAAUGUCAGGAAUGCAGGCUGUCUGGGCUUCCGGCACAGAAUGUAUCGCCAAAUAUAAUUUUCACGGCACAGCGGAUCAAGAUCUCCCCUUCAGCAAAGGAGACGUCCUCACCAUCAUCUCGGUCACCAAGGACCCCAACUGGUACAAAGCCAAAAACAAAGUCGGCCGGGAGGGGAUCAUCCCAGCCAACUACGUCCAGAAGCGCGAAGGGAUGAAACCUGGAAUCAAGCUCAGCCUCAUGCCCUGGUUCCACGGGAAGAUCACGCGGGAACAAGCGGAACGGCUGCUCUACCCUCCGGAGACGGGUCUGUUCCUGGUGCGCGAGAGCACCAACUACCCGGGCGACUACACGCUCUGCGUCAGCUGUGAAGGGAAGGUGGAGCAUUACCGCAUCAUCUACUCCUCCAGCAAGCUGAGCAUCGACGAAGAGGUCUACUUCGAAAACCUCAUGCAGCUGGUGGAGGUGAGGCUGAGCCAAGGUUGGCAGGGAGAACCGGGAUGCAUCCCCUGGGUGUCAGAAUAACAAGAGUUGGAAGGG